AUGAGCGUUGAAGAUAUACAAACGGCUAGAGAGGCAGUGCCUUUCAAUAGAGAAAGUCUAGAAAGUGUUUUAAAGAGAAGAUUCUUUUUCGCACCUUCAUUCGAAUUGUACGGUGGUGUUUCCGGUCUAUAUGACUACGGUCCUCCAGGUUGUGGUUUCCAGGCCAACGUCGUUGAUGCCUGGAGAAAACACUUCAUUCUAGAGGAGGAUAUGCUAGAGGUCGACUGUACUAUGUUGACACCUCACGACGUUCUUAAGACUUCCGGUCAUGUGGAUAAAUUCUCUGAUUGGAUGUGUAGAGACAUGAAGACAGGUGAAAUUUUCAGAGCUGACCACCUUGUGGAAGAGGUCCUUGAGUCUCGCUUGAAAGGUGACCAAGAAGCUCGUGGGUUGGUGAAAGACGCCAAUGCCAAUGCACAGGAUGAUGCUGACAAGAAAAAGAGAAAGAAGAAAGUCAAGGAAAUUAAGGCUGUCAAGCUUGACGACAACGUUGUGCAAGAGUACGAAAUGGUGUUGGCUAAAAUCGAUGGCUACUCUGGAGAAGAACUCGGUGAGUUGAUGGUCAAAUACAACAUCGGGAACCCUGUCACCGGAGAAACCCUCGAACCUCCAAGAGCAUUUAACUUGAUGUUCGAAACCGCUAUUGGUCCUUCCGGUCAACUCAAGGGUUAUUUGAGACCUGAGACUGCUCAAGGACAAUUCCUAAACUUCAACAAACUUUUGGAGUUCAACAAUAAUAAGGCUCCAUUUGCCUCUGCUUCGAUCGGAAAAUCGUUCAGGAACGAAAUUUCUCCAAGAUCUGGUCUUUUGAGAGUCCGUGAGUUUUUAAUGGCCGAAAUUGAGCAUUUCGUUGACCCUCUUGACAAAUCUCAUCCUCGUUUUACCGAAGUCAAAGACAUCAAGUUGAGAUUUUUGCCCCGUGAAGUUCAACAAGCGGGCUCGACUGAACCUGUGGAAUCUACUGUCGGAGAUGCCGUUGCUUCCAAGAUGGUCGACAACGAAACUUUGGGUUACUUCAUUGCCAGAAUCUACUUGUUUUUGGUAACAAUUGGUGUUGAUCCAUCUAAGCUAAGAUUCCGUCAACACAUGGCCAACGAAAUGGCACAUUACGCUGCUGACUGUUGGGAUGCCGAAUUGAAAACUUCUUACGGGUGGAUAGAAUGUGUUGGUUGCGCUGAUAGAUCCGCUUACGACUUGACUGUACAUGCAAACAAGACCAAGGAGAAAAUGGUUGUUAGACAAAAGUUGGAAGAACCCAUCCAGGUUACCAAAUGGGAGAUUGAAUUGACCAAGAAACUAUUCGGGCCCAAAUUCAGAAAAGAUGCACCAAAGGUGGAAGGCUUCUUGUUGGGCUUGACGCAAGAGGAGCUAGAGUCCAAGGCCAAGGACCUCAAAGAGGCCGGUAAAAUCGUAUUCUCAAUCGAGGGAAUUGAAGGCCAAAUUGAGCUCGAUGAUAAAUUCGUGACAAUUGAACAGAAGACUAGAACCGAGCACGUUCGUGAGUUUGUUCCCAACGUCAUCGAACCAUCGUUCGGUAUUGGCCGUAUUAUCUAUUCUAUCUUCGAGCAUUCUUUCUGGUCAAGACCUGAAGACACUGCGAGAGCCGUUUUGUCCUUCCCUCCACUAGUUGCUCCCACCAAGGUCCUUUUGGUUCCUCUGUCCAACCACCCUGACCUAUCGGCCGUUGCGCAGGAAGUGGCGAAGGUCUUCAGAAAGGAAAAAAUUCCCUUCAAGAUAGACGAUUCCGGUGUUUCGAUCGGUAAGAGAUACGCCCGUAACGACGAAUUGGGCACUCCAUUCGGUGUCACCAUUGACUUUGACUCGGUCAAGGAUAAUACUGUUACUUUGAGAGAAAGAGACUCCACCAAGCAGGUGAGAGGUUCGGUUGAAGAUGUUGUCAAGGCCAUUCGCGACAUCACCUACAACGGCACCACCUGGAGCGAAGGUACCAAGGCUUUGAAGCCAUUCGUCGGACAGACGGAGUAA